UAUUGGCCCGGAGAAGACGACCGGGUCUUGUAAUAUCGUCACAGGGCUGAACUUUCUUCUCGGUCCCAGUCUUUCACAUUACAUACUGGUAUUUUCUAUACGCGUUGAUGUGAAUGAAUAAUAUGGAGCAGUCAAAUUUCUCACUCUUCUCUUCUCUCACGUCUCCUUCUCUGAUUUGCCACUUCCAUUUUCUUCCUUUCCGAUUUAAUCCACCAAAAGGUUUCAGUUCACACACACUCCCUGUCUGUCUCUCUUUUCUGGCUCCAUUUUGGCCUCGAUUUGGUGGUUUUGCUUCAUGGGUUUGUGAACUUGAUGGUUAUGGUUCCUGGGUCCUUGGAAUAAUUUCAUUGCUUUGUGAAAUUGGACCUAGCUGUUUCGUUUUGUACCUUAAAUUGGAUCGACGACAAUGGCUAGACUGCUGAGAAAGUUGCGGCCGGCUGUUCCUGGAAUCUCUGACGGUGAUGAUGACAAAAGAAUCAAUACUGAUUACGAAAUUGCCUUGGAGUACAAUGGCCCUCCUGUCACCUAUGAUAUCCCCAUAGUAAACCCAGUUGACACCAGCCAAAUCCCUGUUGCCGCUUCAGUUUCUUCCGCUUCUCUGUUCGACAAUCUCUCCCUCCCCGUCAUCCAACCUAUUCUUAAGUCCAGUUCUCCGUACAAGGAAUCUUCAACAGUAGAUACCUCCGGUGCAUUAGCUUGUGAUAAUGGUUAUGAGCCCAAGUCUAAUUUAUCGGAUGGAAUUGAAAAUUCGGCAACAAUGGAAUGUUCUGGAGUUCUUGAUGAUGAUAAGAAGGGCGAAGGUUCUCAAAAUUAUAUGAAUCCAACCAAAUGGGAAUCAACGGAGUCUGUUUUAAGCUCACCAGCAGGUUCCUCUCGAAUUUUUUCUUGCAGAGAAGAUGAAAGCGACGAUGAAGUUCCUCGCCAUGUCAAAAGGCCACCAAUUGUGAGAUUUCGUGAUCCGGAAUCGGGCGACGUGAUAGAUCAUGAAGAAUUUUAUCAUUCUGAGGAUGAGAGUAUUCACGUGAUUCCAAAAGUCGAGAGAAACAGGAAAAAAGGAGUAUGCUAUCGAUGCCUUAAGGGAAACCGGUUCGUGGAGAAGGAGAUUUGCAUUGUUUGUGGGGCUAAGUAUUGUUAUGAUUGUGUGCUGAGAGCAAUGGGGUCAAUGCCAGAAGGAAGGAAAUGUGUUACUUGCAUUGGCUUUAGCAUUGAUGAGGAGAGAAGAGGGACGCUGGGAAAGUUUUCUAGGCUGCUCAAGAGACUACUCACUGAUAUGACAGUUGAACAGAUAAUGAAUGCUGAGGUUUUCUGUGAAGUGAAUCAGGUACCACCAGGGCUUGUUUAUGUGAAUGGCGAACCUCUUUGUCAGGAAGAGCUUGUUCAGUUGCAGAACUGCAAAAACCCACCAAGGAAUAUAAGGCCAGGAUGCUUUUGGUAUGAUAAAGUAUCUGGUUUAUGGGGAAAGGAAGGAAAAAAGCCUUCCCAGAUUAUUAGCUCCCAGCUAAACGUCGGGGGCCUCAUCAAGCAAAAUGCCAGCAACGGAAAUACACAUGUAUUAAUAAACGGUAGGGAGAUUACUAAAGAAGAGCUCUGGAUGCUGAAGGCGGCUGGGGUGUCAUGUGAAGGAAGCCCUCACUUUUGGGUGAGUGAUGACGGGUCAUACCAGGAGGAGGGACAGAAUAAGAUAAAGGGUAGAAUAUGGGACAAGACUGCAACAAAGCUGGUCUGCGCCGUCUUGUCCCUGCCAGUUCCUCCUGAUCAUCAAAAUCCUUCUGAAGAAAAGGUGAAUGGAGUUAUUCCAGCCUACGUGAUGCAGAAAUCGAUUAAACUUCUAUUAGUUGGUCAUAACAAAUCUGGCUCGAGUACCAUAUAUAAACAGGCCAAGCUUCUCUAUGAUGUUCCUUACUCCAAAGAUGAACGUCAAGCUAUUAAGUUAGUGAUCCAAAGAAAUUUGUAUAUGUAUCUCGGUAUGGUUCUCAUGGGGCGUGAGCAAUUUGAAGAACAAAGUUUGCUCGAGAAGAGGAAAAGAUGUGUUGUUGAUAAGUGUGGACCUUCAGAUGAUACAUGCCUGAUUGAUGAUAAAACAAUCUACUCCAUUGGGCCAAGAGUGAAAGCUUUCUCAGAUAGGCUUCUCCAAGUUUUGGUGUUGGGUAAUUUGGAACCAGCUGCCACUAGUGAAUAUGCACCAUUUAUUGAGGAAUUGUGGGGGGAUGCUGCCAUUCAGGCCACAUACAACCGGAGGAAUGAAUUAGAAAUGCUAACCAAAGCAGCCACUUAUUUCCUAGAUCGGGCUGUAGAGAUUUCUAGGAAAGAUUAUGAACCCUCUGAAACUGACAUCUUGUAUGCUGAGGGGAUUACAACAUGCAAUAGCCUUGCUUGCUUGGAAUUUUCAUUUCCCGAGUCAGCACAACAUGAAUUAAUGGACCCUGCCUAUCAGCAUGAUCCUUCACUAAGGUACCAACUCAUUAGAGUACAUCCAGGACGCGUAGGAGCAAACUGCAAAUGGUUGGACAUGUUUGAAGACUCUGAUAUUCUCCUUUUUUGUGUUGCCUUGACUGACUAUGAUCAACAUUGUGAAGACUCAAAUGGAGUCUCGACCAACAAGAUGUUGGCGAGCAAGCAGCUUUUUGAAAGUGUAGUCACUCAACCGACCUUUGAGAGCAAGAACUUCUUGCUGAUUCUCACCAAGUUUGACCUGCUGGGGGAAAAGAUUGAACAGGCCCCUCUAAUGCAAUGUGAAUGGUUUCAUGACUUCAAACCUGUUACCAGCAAGAAUUGUCACAACAGCACUAACCCUUCAUUGGCUCAACAUGCUUUCUACUAUAUAGCAAUGAAGUUCAAGACCCUGUUCCGUUCUCUCACAGAUAGGAAGUUGUUUGUUUCGUUAGUAACUGGGUUGGAAAAUGAUACGGUUGAUGAAGCUCUCAGAUAUGCAAGGGAGAUUGUGCUGUGGGAAGAAGAGAAACCCUACUCCAUUAACGAGUUGUCCUCUACCGACAUCGAGGUAACAAAUAUCUUGGUGGGAAUAUCCUACCCCUAUCUAUGCGUUGCCUGUGAUGUUGGAUUACGGAAACAAGAAAGAAGGAGGCUAUCGAACUCAAAAUCUAAAGUAUGUGUACACUGGAUUUUGCACACAUAUUUUAUGGUUGGUUUUCCUUCUCCCUUCCACCUUUUUCUUGAGCUAAUCUGGUGCUCAAGUUUUGACAAAACAAGCCACAUCCUCUGUACGGGUGAAUAGCAUUCCCAUCUCCUUGCCAUGCUCAUUGCUCCAUCAAUACUACAGUGGAAAAGAUAAUUUGCCUCCCUCUCUACUAUUAGUACUAUAAUCUUAUUUUACCGACCAUUUGAACUUUGUGAUAUUCAUGUUUGCAGCAAAAUCAUAAUGCAACCUCAUAAAGAUGCUAGACGCAUACAUUGUUUGGAAUGAAUUAAAUGCAAUAAGAGAGAACCCAGAUCACAGGCAUUUAA